AUAUACCCUUCCAGCUCUUCAAACAUCUAUUACAAGGCUAGAAAAUAUAUACUGAGAAGCCAAGCUCUCUCUCUCUCUCUCUCUCUCUCUCUCUCAUUUGGAUCCGAAGAACUCAGAUCAAGUAUUAUUAUGGGCGAAGAGCAAAAGGAAGAAGAGAACAAAGAAGAGGCAGCAGAGGAGGAGCCCCCGGAGAUUGUUCUCAAAGUGGACAUGCACUGCGAGGGCUGUGCAAGAAAAGUUGAGCGAUCGCUAAGACGAUUCGAAGGUGUGGAGGAUGUGAAGACAGACUGCAAGUCUCGAACAGUGGUGAUCAAGGGGAAGGCAGCGGAUCCAGCAAAGAUAUGUGAGAGAAUUCAGAAGAAGACAGGCAAGAAGGUCGAGCUCAUCUCUCCCCUCCCAAAACCCCCCGAGGAGGAGGAGGAGAAGAAAGAGGAGGCCGAAGCCCCACCAGAAGAGACGAAAGAAGAGCCGAAGCCGAUCACGGUCAUUCUCAAGGUCAGAAUGCACUGCGAGAGGUGUGCUCAAGUGCUGCAGAAGCGCAUCAAGAAGAUGGACGGUGUGGAGUCGGUGGCCACGGACUUGGCCAGCAGUCAAGUGAUCGUCACAGGAUUCAUAGACCCAGUGACAUUGGCGGAGAACGUGCACAGGAGGACGAGGAAGCAGGCUUCCAUCGUGCCGGAGGAGGAGAAGGAGGAAGAGGGGGAGAAGAAGGACGACAAUGGCGACGAGGAAAAGAUGCGAGAGGAGGAGGAUGAGAAGAAAGAAGAGGAGGGAACGAAGGACGACAUCAGCAAGUACGAGUAUUGGCCUUCUUCUCGGGACUAUGUGGAGUACGCUUAUACGCCUCAAACCUUCAGUGACGAGAACCCCAAUGCUUGCUCUGUUAUGUAAUCAUCCUACGAACCACAAGUGUAUAUAUAUAGUAUAGUCUUAUAAUUAAGCGCUCAUGUUAUGUAUGCCAUGCAUGGCUUUUUGGUAGCCGCCACACCGAGUAGUGUCUUUACAUAUAUGAAAACCUAAUUGGUGAUGGCAUGAGCUUAUGACUGUAUCUCUUCCCUAAUCAUCAUCCACUACUAAUUUGCUAAAGAUUAUGUAAUAAUGGGAAUUCGAAAAUGUUUUAGCAUUUUAAUAGCUUAAGCUUUCCUUUUUUGAGAUCAA